GUUUGUAUGCACCGAGUGUCCGCGUUCUUUCUACCGCCGCAUUCAUUUCCGGGACCACAUGCGCAUGCACACGCGAGAGCGUCCCUACUCCUGCGAGGUGUGCCACAAGCGCUUCAUAUGGCGGGACAGCGUCAAGAAACAUAUGGAGACACACAUCACUGCUGCCAAAUACAGCUGUCGGCUGUGUGGCAAGUGGUUCAGGUGGCUUCAGGGAAUCAGGCAGCAUCUGCAGCAGCAACACAAGCUCAAAAAAUGUGAUGUAGAGGCACAAGUCCUCAACGGAGGACCGUCUGCACUCUUCCAAAAACACCCGCAGGAUCAGUUUUUUCAUAACGACCCGAGCAGAACCAUUACGGCGGAUCCGUCAGACACUAUGGCUGCUCAUCCACUUCAGCAACAACAUACGAAUUCCGCUGUGGAAGCUUCAAACCAUCCAGGAAUCUUAAUCCGACUUGAAGAUGAUUUAUCAAUUGCAAAUAAUUCUGGGGAAUAUAUCUGUGGGGAGAAACAGAACGAAGUACAAGAAGCUGUGAGGUCGAUACAGAUUCUCGAGCCGCAGUCCUCGCCUCCAGCCUCACAUGAAAUUCUCCAUGGCGUCUCAGACCAAAGCGAAGCUCUGCCUAUCCAACCAGGAGAGCGGCUUGAUGUUGAAGCAAUAUAUCUGGUUGAAAAUGAAGAAUCGCAUCCAAAUAAUACUACUUUAUUGGAUGAAAACCCACGUGAGUCUACGGACAAGUCGGAUUUAAACAGACCUCUUCGUAGCUUGCAGUCCAUAGAACAAGAUCAGUCUAGAGAUUAUGAUAACUUGAUAUUAGAUGCUCAGACUGGAUCUGCGAAUUCCAAAGAAUGGCGACCACGAUAUUUUGUGCAUGAAAACUCAACCUGUAAUGUUGAAUCUUCCUCAUCUAAUACCAACCAAAGAGAAGGGAAUGUUUCUUCAAACGUCAUAACUACCGAGUCUCAAAACAGCUCCAUGUUGCCCUGCAAUGUCAUAUAUGAUAACGUCCAACAACGAACUUCUUCAAACAACCCUGAUUUAACUUCCUGAAGAUUGUAUUUAUUUGGCUAGUUAUCGCCUACGAACUGAUCUUCAGAGAAUUUUUACGUUGCGAUCAUCAUUUAUGUUAAGGAUUCACGCGAUUGACCGAACCAUUGCCAUCUCGUGAAACAUAGCAGCUAUAACGUUACCACAUAGUUAGCAUCUUUAUUACCGCAUAAUUUUUCAUGAUUCAAUGCAAUUAUUUUCCCCAUUGUUUGCGUUGUUCAAAUGUAUUUAGUUGUGUCUUUGAAAAAUUGAUGAGAACAUUCCUGAAAUAUGCCAUUAUUUCGGACAUUCCAUGCCGAAAAUUGAAGUAACUCUUUUUGAAAGUUAUUUGUUUCCUCCGGUUCUAAUUUUGAUAGUUAUUGUUGUAUAAGAUUAUGUGUAUUUAAUUUUUGCAAAGCAUAGAAAUUUAGUAAAAAUGGUUUCAUUCUGAAUUUUAUUAUAUUUCAUAUGCCGAAACGGAAGUAUUUGUACAAUAAUCUGAACUGAAAGAGAAUUUCAGAAAUUAUUGAGGACGCUGCUUAAUGCACUGCGGGGCGGAGUGGUGGGGUUGGACCUCCUAGGAAUGAUGGAGGUGAUCACGCCACACUGCGCGAUAAUAAGAGAUACCUAAAUCUUUAUCUUAAAUCCUUAAUUAAACCCCAGAUUCUUAAUGAUUGCAAGUCAAAUUCCCAGCUAACUAAGGGAAGCCAUACUGCUUCAGUGUAAAUAAAACCUCAGUUCCUGCUAGGGUUUAUUAUUUCCAAACGGAAACUUUUACACUUUUUAACACAAGUCAGUCUGUAUUUUAUUUACUUAACUGUCAUCGCGGUGCGUGAUGUCAUAGGUUAUUACAAUGUUAAACUAAAUCGAUAUCAGCCCAUUAUUGCAUGUGCCUAGGCCAACUUUGUACUGCAGAUACAACUGCCUAGGCCGGUAGGCCCAUUAUUGUAUCUGCAGCCAAGCUUGUUAAAUUAUAUUGUCAUACGUCGGUACGUGUGUAGCUUGAUUAGAAUAGAAUAGAAGUGUCGGCACUGAA